GGCUAAUUCCAAAUGGGCCUAGCCCAUUACUGGUACGCAGCUACGCACUACACCGCGGUGUUGGUGCAGCCUCUCCGAAGACAAAGGCGCAGCAGUCAUGGCGACUUUCGGCCGACUUGUUAGAACCGCCAGGGCGUGGCGUGAAAUCGCGUAUCCCAAAACCCUCAACCUCUCUCGUGUCCGCUCACAUGACUUCCUUCGCCGUCUUCAUCACCGGUCUGCAUCAGAAAUUCUACGGCCACUAUUGCUGCCUAAUGCUGAUCGCACUUACUCAACACUUCCAGCUAUUUUAUCUGCUUUCUUUGGAGUUGGAAUGCUACAAGUGGCCUAUGCGGAUUCUGAUCAGGCUGCUGCUGAACCUUCAUUGCCGUCGGAAUCUCCUUCAAGUUAUAAGGACCUAGAGGAGAUUGCCAAGCAAGAAAGGCAGCGAAUUGAGGAGCUGCUUAAAAGUAAAGGAGUUAGAUUCGGUUAUUACCCCCGCUUCACUGUUGCUGUUAAGGGUCAAAAGGUUAUUACACUUAAGUUUAAUGUCACGAUCAAGUUUCAAAUUCCUCCUGCAUGUGAUGUUCCACAGUUGAUUGCAAACCUGGUUUCAAAUCUUGGACUGAAGGUUGAUGAGCGUGGUGGUGGUUCAGACAUGCUGUUACGUGCCUGGGACAGUGCAGUUGCCUGGCAACUAACACUUAGCUGUCCAGAAAAACAGAAGAAACCUGAUGGGGACACAGGACAUUCUGCAGAUGUUAAUACAACUGAGGGAAAUCUAUGCAUUCUCAUAUUUCGUUCACUCAUUAGCACAGAUAAAGCAGAAAUUGAGUUUAUAAAGGGUGGAAGCUUAAGCACCAAAGAGCUUGAAGCUCUGGUGUCUGUUCUACAAUUAGCUGGUGGGAGAUUGAAGAUUUCAGAAAGAACAGAAAGAAAACCAGGGGAAGGUGCUGCUCGAAUGCCGUCUGCAGAAAAAUCAGUUGCCACUUUGGAGUCCAUGGGAGUCAGAAUAUAUGGACUCGAUGAACCACAUGUAAAUUCUUCUAAUGGUGAGAUAACAUGGGACAAUAUUGCUGGGUAUGAUCAGCAAAAACGAGAAAUAGAAGAUACAAUCUUGUUGGCUCUUCAUAGUCCUGAAGUAUAUGAUGAUAUUGCUCGUGGGACACGGCGUAAGUUUGAGUCAAAUAGACCUCGAGCUGUGCUUUUUGAAGGUCCACCAGGCACAGGGAAGACAUCUUGUGCACGUGUUAUCGCUAAUCAAGCGGGUGUCCCAUUGCUAUAUGUGCCUUUGGAGGUUGUGAUGUCAAAGUACUAUGGGGAAAGUGAACGAUUGUUGGGAAAAGUUUUCUCUCUUGCUAAUGAGCUUCCUAAUGGUGCUAUCAUUUUUCUGGAUGAGGUUGACUCUUUUGCCGUUGCUCGGGAUAGUGAAAUGCAUGAAGCUACACGUAGAAUUUUGUCAGUUUUAUUGCGACAGAUUGAUGGAUUUGAACAGGAUAAGAAAGUGGUUGUCAUUGCUGCAACAAAUAGAAAACAAGACCUUGAUCCUGCUUUAAUGAGCCGAUUUGAUUCAAUGAUUACUUUUGGCCUCCCUGAUGAGAAAAACCGUCAGGAAAUUGUUGCCCAAUAUGCAAAGCACCUAACCAAAUCAGAUAUGGAGGAGCUUGCCAAAGUCACAGAAGACAUGUCUGGAAGGGAUAUUAGGGAUGUUUGUCAACAAGCUGAAAGGUCGCGGGCAUCAAAGAUAAUCCGAGGACAGGCAGAUAAAGAUGGAGAGCAAGGGUGCCUUCCAUCUUUGGCAGAAUAUAUUGAAAGUGCUGUGAAUAGGCGAAAGGCUAUACUUAGCAUUGCAAAUCAAAGAAGUCCAGGUUUUAAUCCACGCACAAGCAGAGGUCAAUUAGAUUUAUGUUAAGAGUAUGCAAAGAUGCGAUGAUAAUGAAUACACAUAAUUAGCAGGAGUAUUGCUUGCAAUUGAAUAUUCUCUUUAUAAUGUAUAGACUAUAUAUAUCAUUUUUGUGUUCUGUAAACACAAUAUCUUCUGUCAGUGAUCAUAUGAUGUCUGUGGCUA